AUGUUUGAGGUAUUACAAUCGAUUAGUGUCAAAGACUGUGACAACUUCGAGAUCCAAACUCGACUACAGCAUGCGGAAAUCAGGAAAACUGCUCAACAACAUAGACAGAUUGACUCUGCUGCUGCACCAAAUAGGUAUCUCGAAAUUCAGAAACAGAACGGCAACAAAAUCGUUUAUCCAAGCUCAGAUAUGAGAUAUGACCUUACAAUCUCAAAGAUAAAAACACCUAAAGCAGUAUAUGACGUUGAAAUCGGCAAAAUAAGAAUGUUUGUGUGUUUGUUAUAUAUAGAUGAAUUGAACAUUGUUAGUAAGAUUACGAUGUAUAUAGUAUGUUCUAUACUGUACUGGCUGUACUUGUAUGUACUUGACAUUGGUGGAUUUGACAAUUUGGCUGUCGACUAUGCCAUUGAUAGCACACAAUGCAUCAGGGAGCUAUGCAACGGUAAUGUUAACUGCCUACUGGGCGAUUUCAACCUACCGCUUAUUGAUUGGAAUAACUAUUCAUCGCCAGAUAACGCAAUCUAUAAUUGUUUCAUCGAACUUUUUAACGAUCUUGGCCUGCAUCAACUGCUGAUGAAGAUCGAAAGUGUUCAGAGAAGAUUUACUAAAGCCAUCCCCUCAAUUCGCCAUCUUCCAUACCUAUCACGUUUAAACUCAGUUGGCUUGCAAACGAUAGUUAAAAUUUGGAAUGCACUGCCUGAGGAAGUGGCUGUGCUCGAUAAGUCUCAAAGACUCCUCACAGCCAUCCCGUGCCCUUGA